UAUGAAAGGACGUGCCUUCAUACUGCGAUCCAAUGAUUUAAAAAAAACCUCUUACCGGUGAAUAGAUUGUACUACACUGGGAAUCAUAACUGAUUAAUAGUAACAGCGAUUUAUAGUUACAACUAUAAAUAAUUUUAUAAAGUGCAAUAAAAUAUGAUUUGUUUGUAAACUUACAAAAGUUUCCACAGAACUUCUUAUUUACAAGUUUCAUAAACUUACUUGCAUUCUAAUGAUACAGUUAGUGUUAAUUAACGAGAGAAGUGUGUGCUAAAUAAUCCGUUAAAGUAGCUUUAAGAAAAAAAUAAGUUAGCACCCAUUAUCACAAAUUGUUGGUAUCUAAUAUUAUAAUGAUAGCUCUUCAUCUUUUGUAAUAGUUUUCGAAAAUGCAAGCGUAUUACAUUUUAUUCUAAUAAGGGAUACUUAUUCUACAUCAAAUUUAAUUAACAUAAAGAUUUUAAGAAACGUCUACCUUCUAUGAUGCUACAUAAUGGAACAUUACGAUGAAUUGAUUAUUCAAUGAAUGUUUUGUUAAGCAACAAUGACUCAAAGACUUUUUGUGAAGUUAAGUGAGUGAUUUGCGAUGGACUCUGAGAUCGAAAUCCAGACAUUUAUCAACUGUACCCAGCAGGCCUUAGGGUCGGAUUUUCCUUGGGACAAGCUCAACGUUUCGCAGAUACUGGACUUGUUGCCCAGUCAAAUCCUUGAGGACAUCAAACUUAAAGUCGCUCUCGGCAACUGCAUGGGGCUGGGCAAGAGGCCCUACAGCCCCCCGUGGUGGGGGCAGCUGGCCUGGUUCCUCGUGUUCGCGGUGAUGCUGCUGCUCGCAGUGCUGGGGAACACCUUGGUCAUUUGGAUUGUUUUAGCUCAUCGCCGUAUGCGUACAGUGACGAACUGUUUCCUCGUGAACCUGGCUGUGGCAGAUCUCCUCAUGGCAACCCUCAAUGGAGCUCCGAACUUCGUAUUUCUGGUCACGGCGCAUUGGCCCUUUGGAUCCGUGACUUGUACGGCCAGCAACUUCACUGCUAACUUGACAGUUUCAGCUGGAGUCUUUACCUUGGUUGCUAUUACUGUUGACAGGUAUGUGGCGAUCGUUAAGCCCCUGCAACACCGGCUGAGCCGCCGAGUCGCCCGUGCUGCCUUGUUUACCGUGUGGUUCGCGAGCGCUCUGCUUGCGUUGCCGAGCCUGCUCUACUCCGAUACUUACACUAAGAAGUACAUAAACGGGGAGAGAGAGAUAUGUUUCAUAAAAUGGCCGGACGGCAGCUACCCUACUUCAAGGACGGAUUACUGUUACAAUCUCGUAUUCCUGGCGUUGACAUACGUGGCUCCGAUGUCAUUGAUGGUGUGGGCCUACGCGCGCAUGAGCGCAGCACUGCGAGGAAGAACCAUAGGGGAGUGUACACAUCACCAGAUGCAAGUUGUGAGGGCCAAGAGAAAGGUGGUGAGAAUGUUCGUCCUAGUGAUCAUGGUAUUCGCGCUUUGCUGGCUGCCGUACCACGCCUACUUCGUGCUGGUGUACCACCAUCAAGCACUUGCAUCUUCACCGUUUGCUCAGCACAUCUAUCUAGGAUUCUACUGGCUGGCUAUGGCUAAUUCUAUGAUUAACCCCCUCAUUUAUUACUGGAUGAGUAACAAGUUUAGAAUAUACUUCAAGUUAGUGAUUUGCUGGUGGCGAGCUUCGAAGACGACGACGCCAAACAACUUGACUAAACAAUUCGAGAUGAAUAAAUCCUUCUCCGUGAGCCAGAGGCCCCGCGACGCAUCGUCCUUCAGUCGAGCAUGACAUUCGCAAAGGCGGAGCAAUUUGUCCCGCUCAUUGCCCGCCAACGACUCCUCGAACGGCACUUUGCCUCUGCCAAAUGGCGGCCUAGUGAGGACAAAUCCUAGCGGGGACUCUGACUGCGAAAACCGAUGCCAUGUGUGUGAAGAUAAAUUAUAAGUGCUUUUGACGAACUCUUUUAAAUAAACAAAUGUAAAUAAUUUGUACGCAAUUUUCUGAAACAUCUUUCUUACAAAUCUAUUUAGUGAGUAAUGUGCCAUGUCAUGAUUUAAGAUAAAAUUAUGGGCUCUGUUUAAAAAGUUUUCAGUUUUAAAAUUAUUUCGUAGUUUAGAUCUAACUGCAUCAUACAAGUAGGUAUCUUAUUGUAAUAUAUUUUAUAGCUCUUGUUUACUGUUCAGAUAUUGAAUUCUGUUUAAAAAAAGUUGUAUUUAAAACAAUCUUUGCUAAGUUUUUAUUUCCUACUCGGUUAUCAAUUGUUUUUAUUUAGCUUUUUAUACAUUUAAUAAUAAAAAAGUACCAAGACCUAAGCGGAGUGAACGAGAGUGAAGUAACUUCAAUCAGUAUUUGAAACGCACACACACGUGAUGUUUAACUUGCAAUGACACAACGACGCAACGACGAGCGGUUUACUUUCUUAACAUAAUAAGGCUGUGUACAUAAUACGUAUUACAUACUACGUAGUUCUAGUACUGAUUAAAGAUCAACGAGUUUCUGCACUCUCGUUCACUCUAACGUAAUGACGAUCUAAUGUUUGAUAUUUUUUGUGAUUGAUAGGUAUGUUAUUUUAGUAAGUAUACGUUUCAAUUAAUUAAAUAAGGAAAAUUGUAUAUACUUGAUAUAAUAAUGCUUUAAUUUAUUAAUGCCGCUGUGUAAAUUUAUCAGACAAAAUAUUUAAUUUAAAAACACUUAAGUAUAAUUAUGUAGGAUAUCAAUAGUGGUAAUAAUAAUUUAUAAUUUUCUCUAAACAUUUCUUGUCAAAAUAUACGUAUUAAAUAAUAUAAUGUAAAUAAAUAAAACUACUUGGUAAGUUUUAAUGAACUAGGUGUGCAGAUACUGCAAUAGUAUUGAUUUGGGCGUUUAAGUAACCUACUUGUACGUUUCGUACCUAUGUACGAAAUUUGCACACUUUGAUACCUUAUCUGGAUACAUUUAUUCUGCUUGAACUUGUAAUAUUUUUUAUGUCCAUCAAAAGCAGAUCUAAUAGUUAGGUAGAUUCACCUAUAUUUUUACUGUGUAAGAUUCUACGUAGGUUUGUAAGUUAUUAUCUAAUGUUAUUAUAACAUGCCUAUGAUACGCAGAACG